UUCUUGCAUCAACAAUGGCCCUUAGAACUGUGGAAGGAAAGAUUGAGUACAUUCUUCAACUAUUAAGCCAUGGCAGAGCUAAAACUGUCGUUCUUGUUGGGCAACCUGGAGUUGGAAAAACAUGGAUGGCCAGAGAAUUAACUGAUCGUGCAACCGAGAGAGGCUUAUUUGAUUUCACUCUCUGGUUAUUUCUGAACAGAGAAUAUGACAGUAUGGCUCUUUGCCAAAGUUUUGCUCAGCAACUGUAUCUACUUUCCACUGCAGAAGAGUUUGAAGAUGAUGACUAUGAGGGGGAAGAGGAGGAGGAGGAGGAGGAAAUGGAGCAGGACUUGCGACAAAAGAUAUCUGAAGCACUGGCACAAAAGCAUUUUCUUAUUAUUUUGGAUGAUGAGGGAAAACAGAUGAAAGAAAAAGACAUUAUGCCCAAACUGGAAACCCUGUUGAAUCUCAGCCAGCAAAGUUCAUAUAAGGUUUUAAUCACCACAAAUAAUCAUCCCAACAGCGAUAUUAUGGACUCUAUGAGAUCAGUGAUCGAGGUAGAACCCUUGUCGAAGAAAGAGUCAAAGUUCUUGUUACAAAAAAGAGCUGGCACAAAAGUUUUUGAGCUUUCAGGUAUUGAACCACUGGUUGAAGAAUGUGUGCAAAGGAGUACAGGCUUACCUGCAGAGAUUGUUGUGAUGGGAAAGGCCUUAAGUUAUAUUGGACAAUGUGAUUCUGGAUUGCAGAAGCUGGAAAUUGCUUUGGAGGAAGUUGCUUAUGGAGAACGCUUCGACAUAGCACUGUUACUACGUUGCGGUUUUAACAUACUUCCAGGUGGUAUUCUAAUUUAUUGUUGUCGGCCUGACAGGCACUUUUUUCAAGACAGUGGAUGCGUCCAUUACAAUGAGCUGAUAGCUUAUUGGAUGAUGGAAGGAUAUCUUGGUCAAGUGGAUUGUAUUGAGAAGGCUUACAAUAAGGGAUAUCAUGUUUUAAAGGAACUUAUAGAUUUUCACAUCGUCAAAACUGUGGAACCUGAUUAUGUUGUCAUCGAAGGAGCAGCAAUUAAUUUGCAAGACUGCAACAGAGGUGGAUUUGGUUGGACAGCUAAUUUGGGGCUGUCAAGUGUGUUCAGGUACGGCGAAUGGGAAGGCCUUGGUAGAAUCACACAGGUGGGUGGUAUAAUAAGAUCACUUUCCAGUGGUAAGAAAGGACGGAAACUCUCAACACUAUUGCUUGAUGGGAAUCGUAUUGGCAGCGAAAUCCCAGAUUAUUUGCUUCAGUCCUGGCAGGACCUCCAUGUUCUCGUGAUCUUCAACCCCACAUUCAAAUCACUGCCACGGUUCUUGUCUAACAUGGACAAGCUUAACGUGCUUGUACUUAGGAACUGUCAUUUUCUGGAGGAAAUUGAUUACGUAUUAGAACUUAGAAGAUUAACUGCUCUUGAGAUAUCUGGUCCUAGCUCCUUUUGUAGGAUCCCAGAUGAUUUCUUUAGGGGCACACCAAGCCUUCGGAGUCUCAAUCUAUCUGCCCUACAAAUCGAAUCAUUACCUUAUUCUUUUUAUGAACUUAGUGAACUAAGCUGGCUCAUCCUUGGAGGGUGUUCUUAUUUGAAAGAACUAAGAUCUCUGAGACGCUUGAUUAAUCUUGUGGUGAUAGAUCUUUCUGGUUCUACGUCUUUGAGUAGAAUACAAGACAAAAGCUUUUCAUCUAAUAAGGAACUUCAAAUGAUUAAUUUUUCCAAAACAAAUAUUAAGAGCCUUCCAUUGAUUUUUAGUCUGAAAAAGCUCACUCAUCUCUUGCUAAGUGGAUGUUUAGGGGUGGAUAGAUAUCCUAGCAUUAGGUCGGUAGCUACUCUCCAAAUUAUUGAUCUCUCAGAUGCCUGCAAUUUUAAGGAGUUCCAUGAUCAAUCUCUAGCAAAUCUAACUGACCUUAAGAUCCUUGAUCUAUCGAGAGUUGCCGUUGAUCAUUUACCUUCUAACAUUAGCAAUCCUCAUCAUUUGUAUUUAAACGGUUGUACUAGCCUAAGUAAGCUCGAAUGCAUAGAAUUACUUAAAGACCUUGAAACACUUGAUAUUUCAAAAGCGCAGGUCAAAACUCUGCCAUCUCUUUCCCAUCUCCAUAACCUGCGCCGGCUAUUAUUGUCAUGUUGCUCAAACUUGGAGGAGUUGCCUGACUUGAAUUCCCUUACAAAACUUGAGGUGCUUGAUCUUUUUGGUUGUAGUGCUUUGACAGUACUACAAGAUAAAUCCUUUGAGCAGAUGCCUCACCUUUGGAAGCUCGACCUUUCUGAGACUAAGAUCAAAUGGUUUCCAUCACUUUCAAAUCUUAGCAACAUCCGCCACCUCCUACUGAAAAAAUGUACUGGCUUGAGAGUGCUUCCACCACUAGAGUCUCUAUCAAAACUUGAGGAGCUAAAUUUAUGUGGUAUUGGACUUUUGAGAGAGACUGGAGCUGAUUUCUUGAACAAUAUGAUUUGCCUCCGAAUUCUUGACCUCUUUGAAACCUUGCUUCAACAGUUACCAUCCAUGUCAAACCUCAAAACCCUCCAUGAGCUUUAUCUAAAGGGUUGUCCAGACUUGACAACUGUGCCUGAUUUGAAAGAGUUGACAAAGCUUGAGGUCCUAGAUCUGUUUGAAACUGCAGUUGAUGAUCUGCCAUCCCUGGACAACUUUAGCAACCUCCGUCAGCUUCUGCUUAGAGAUUGUCCAGGCAUAAAUGAGUUUCUGCAACUGGAAAUGCUCAAUCUGCUUGGGGCCACUCUUGAUAAACUCCCUUAUGGGAUCUCUGAAUUGACUCAUCUUGAUCGCCUUGAUCUGCCAAGCAUGAAGGAUACUCAAGGAAUUGGCAGAAGCAAUAUGAAGGAACUAUAUGAGUAUGGCUGGGAUAUCUCCAGUUUUCCAGCUGAAACGGUUGGGGAUAAUAACAAGCCUCCUGUAUCUGUAACUGGUUCCCAGUUUCUUCAACUUCUGGAAAACAACCCGUCAUUGUGGAAAACAAGCUUCAAGCAAUUCCACUUCUCUGUUCAUCCCUUCGAGGAGCAAGAUGGAAAAGGAGUUCUAUCUUUCUACAGAGAUGAUUUUAUAUUCAGAGAUAUCUACUUCAAAGCCAGACAUUUAUCUGAUUUUGAAGAGCAACGGUCAUUGGAAAUAAGAGGUUUCCACCAUUCCCCCAAGGGUAUUGAGGAUGUUCUCAGUCGUGCUAACUGCUUAUUCUUAAUUGAUAAUGCGUUUGAAAGAUGGUUAUCUGAUUUAGGUGCCUCCAACUGUAAGGUACUGAAAAGCUGUUUUAUAGACAGAAGCAGAGAAAUGGAGAGUGUCUUUCAUGAAAAGGAGGUAGAAGAGAUAAUGCAACUGGAAGGUUUAGAGGUCUUAUGGGUUUCCAAUUCUGUCAAUUUGAAGCACAUAUACCCUGGGAACUGGCAAAGUGACACCUUUGAAAACCUUAAGCAGCUGUAUCUUGAUUGUUGUCCAAAGUUGUCUAUUGUUUUCUCUUCUUCCCAGCUGCCAAAAAACAUGCAGGUUCUUCAAAUUAAGUUUUAUGAUGAAUUGAACGCUGUGUUUGAAGGAUCAUCAACAGAACCCAAAUUGCCAAAUUUAGAUACAUUGUGUCUGUGGGAACUGCCAAAAUUGAAGAGCAUUGGGUGUUCAUUGCCAUCUCUGCUAACUCAAACAGUUUGGGGAUGUCCAAAUCUAUAGGAGUGAAGAAAAUGUCUAAUUGUCUCUAGAAGUUUAUAGAUUUCCUGGAUACUCUGCUGCACUGAUUUUUAAGAGUAUUGACACUUGAAUCUUGCAAGCAAAGAGGGAACUUAGAUGUUUGACCCUUGAGGGUUAUUCCAUACUCAUAAAUAUUGUCCCUUUGUUAAGGGGAGUGUUUCGGGACCAUCCGGCCUUGUUUUUGACAGCCUUUGCUUGUCCCAUUGGAAUCACUGAUAAUAACAUGGUUGAGUAUAGGCUCUGCGCACUGGAUUAUAGAUAGCGUUGAGUGCAAACUACAAAUAGUUGUAGUUGAAUCUGAUUCUAGUCGAACCAUGCAUGAUUUACGAAGGCAGCAAACGAUGAAUCACGAGCACCAAGUUCUACAGGUUUGCCUACAGCUUCUACAUGAGUUCCAUCAUUUUAGUUUUUGUUUUGUCUAAUGAACAAAUGCAUCACAAUCCCCCUUUGUUUUUGCAUCCAGAGAUAGAUGUGGCCCUCAUUUGUUUCAUUUUGAAUCUUUUGUACUGAACUUCACUUUUUAAUAUAGUUGUGUUUUUGUUAAAAAAAAAACAGAUGUUACCAUUCCAGUUGGUAGACAAUCUCGAGAUUCCCCAAAUGAAAUCUUUCAGAGACUGUUUGCCAUAUGAAGGCACUGCACCUGAAGGAAUUGUUGAAAUUACAGUUUCGGAAGACCAAGUAGUGGUGGUUGACGUGAGAGAGUGACAUUGUGUGUGGAAGUAUUGCAGGUCCAAGCAUGGAACCAAGGCCUUUCAGAACAAAAUAAAUGCUGGACCAUGAUGUUGGACAUGAAUGAUCUGGUCCUAACCAGAGCUGGUGCAUCAAUAUGCAACUCAAAAUUCAUAUGAUGAAAGUAGUUAUCUCAUAUAUAUAUAUGUAUAUAUAUGUUUUUGAGUACUGGGGUUUCAACCAUGACGACAAUUUCGGAUUUGUAUUUUCUCUCUGAAUGGUGUUUUCACUUUCCCAGUUUAAAGUUGUUUUGAGAUUUGCUGUUCUUAAAAAAAGGUUUUUAUUUUUUUGUCUCAUAAUUAGAUUGGGCGAAUGCAAACGCAUGAAGUUGGGGAAAUAUAUAUAUU